AUGGAUAAUGUUGAACUUCCAUACAAUCCUUCUAAUAUGAAGAAAUACAACUCAAGAAGGCUGAAGCGUUGCCUGACUGAUGUCCAGUUUGUUUACGAAGAUUCCACAAACUUUUACAGCUUCUACGAACUGUGUUCCUUCGUGAGCUGCAUGGUGGCAGUCAUCACAGGUUCCCCAUAUUAUGAUUUGGUUUUUCCUCAGCAGUCUUCAACUGACUAUGUGAAACUGACACCAGUGAAAGAGAUGAGUUUAACUGCUUUUACACUCUGCAUCAGAGCUUUUACUGAUCUUGACAGACCAUACUCUCUUUUUUCCUAUGCAACAUCUUCUAAAGACAAUGAGUUGCUGCUUUUUGCAACAGCUAAGGACCAGUAUGAAUUUAAUAUAGCCAACAAUAAUGUUCUUUUCAGAGUCACUAAUCUCAGAUCAACUUGGAACCAUUUUUGCGUCACAUGGGAUUCAAGAACAGGACUAUUGGAGCUCAGGAUAAAUGGAGAGCGGUUAGUACGGAAAGGUUUAGCAAAAGGGUACACCAUAAAGUCUGGAGGUGUAAUUAUAUUGGGCCAGGAACAAGACAGCCUUGAAGGUGGUUUUCAAGCUGACCAAUCGUUUGUUGGGGAAUUGAACAAUGUAAAUCUAUGGGAUUAUGUUUUGACUCCUCAACAAAUCCGUGCUGCUACAUAUGGUACUCUCAGCAUCCCUGGCAAUGUGAUUGACUGGGGCACAGUAGAAUAUGCCAUUAAAGGCUAUGUUAUUGUAGUGACUGAUAAGGAGCAGUGCAGCAGCAACAUUAACAAUCCAACGUGUUAAAGUCAUAACAGUUAAAAAAGGAAUCUGAUUAUUCAUGCAUUACAUAUUAUAGCACUGUCUAUAAAAUCUAUCCUGACAUGCUGCUCAUAUCUAUAUCCAAUAUUUUCUAUUAUGAGUUUGCAAGGUCAGAACCCAAAUCUGUUGAUUAGGAUAACACAUUAGAAUUAGGAAGCAUGUAACUUAUUUAGAUGCCUUCGGAUGAUUACACUAUUAUAAAGCCAGAAACACUGAGGUCAGCAGUCAAUAUCACUCUUUUUGCUUAAGUUUUUGUUGUGUUCAGUUAUGCAUUUUGAUUUUUGGAGCUGGAGUUUGAAUUCUGAAAAUGGGGUAUGGGUAUACUUUUAUGUUUCUUUGGUG